GAAUCCAAUGCACAAAGCAUAUAAACUCCACAAAUGCAAAUUCUUCACCCGCUUAUCACCUUUCAAAUUUCAAACCCCUCCAACGGUCAAAUUUUCAUAACAAAAAUCAAAUUCCAUUUCAUAGCAAAACUUUCUCAAAAAGCAUACACAACCCUUUAUUGAUUAAUCAUCAUUGUUAUUAUUUUUAUUAUAUAUUUUCAGUUUUCAAAGUUCAAACGGGUUGUGACUAUUAUUUUAUCAAUGGAAGAUAAUGAAUUGAAUCUCUAUGAUCAUGACCCUCUUCUUCUAAAUGAUGCUUCUUUUCAACAACAACAACAAGAAAUCACUUCCACUAGAGUUUUAAAAUCAUCAUUUAGCUCUCUGAAUUCAGCUAUGGAGGCAGCAGAUCCUCAAUCAUGUGGUGGAAACCCUAGUUAUGGAUUGUGUGUGAAAAAUGGAAGCUCUGAGAGGAACAGCUUGCAAUUUGAUGACCCAAUUGUGAAAAAUUUGGUCGACAAUGGACGGUCGAUAUUAGGGUUUUCGAUGACUUCACCAGAUUUGGUGAUCUGUUCUGCCUCACCAGAUAAUGCUGGAAUCAGUUAUUGUGAUUCUCCUGAAUUGUUUAAGAAGAACAAAAAUUGCUACAAUUUGGAUUCAUCUAUGGAGCUUUCUCUUGAGAAUGGAAUCAAUGGACCUGAAGUUGAAGUUUACAAUGUCCAUAAGACUCCAACUGUUAAAUUCUCCAAUGUGUGUCAGACUAUUGAACCAGAGGAAGAAUUAGUAUCACCUGAAGCUUCCUUUGAGCUUCAUCCACCGCCGGUAACUAAAGACGACGAGUCGCCCCGAGACUACUCUCUAAACGAUGAUGAAAUGUUAGAAGAUGGUAGAGUGUCUCAGGAGACAGAGUCGGAGGGCUCGGAAGAUGAAGAGGAUAUUGGGGUAGAAGAGAAGUUUCAGAAGCUGAAAAGAGAUUUUGAGUGUCAGAGAAAAGAGCUGGCAGUAACAAGGAGGGAGUUGGGGGAGCUCAAGAGGGAGAAUCAUAAAAAAAGUAGUGAAUGUCAAGAAGCUUUCAACUCCUUAAACGAGCUUCAGAAUGAGCUAAUGCGCAAGUCGAUGCACGUAGGAUCUUUAGCAUUUGCUAUUGAGGGGCAAGUGAAAGAGAAAAGCAAGUGGUUUACAUCACUGAGAGACUUGAUGAGGAGAUUGAAGAUUAUGAAAAUGGAGCACAUGAAGCUAUUAGAAGAAGCAGAAGCAUACAAGAAAUAUGAAGCAGAUAUAAGUGAAAUGGGACUCAUAAUCAAAUCUAAAAUGAAUGAACAAAUAGAGUUGCAUGAAGAUCUCAAGUCCAAAUAUGUUGAAGGUGCCAAGGUUCAAAAAGAGCUUUAUAAUAAGGUAUUGGAGUUGAGAGGAAACAUAAGGGUCUUUUGCCGGUGUAGGCCUCUCAAUGCCGAAGAGAUGAAAGGAGGAGCCUCAAUGGCCUUAGAUUUUGAUUCUGCUAAAGAUGGCGAGCUUACUGUACUGUCAAAUGGAUCUCCAAAAAAGACUUUUAAAUUUGAUGCUGUCUUUGGCCCUCAAGUUGAACAAGCUGAUAUCUUUGAGGACACAGUACCAUUUGCAACCUCAGUAUUAGAUGGAUACAAUGUAUGCAUUUUUGCAUAUGGACAGACUGGUACUGGAAAAACCUUCACAAUGGAGGGUACUGAAGAGGCUCGAGGAGUUAAUUUCAGGACUCUUGAGAAAAUGUUUGAUAUAAUCAAGGAAAGACAGAAGGUCUAUCGUUAUGAUAUCUCCGUAAGUGUCUUAGAAGUGUACAAUGAGCAAAUAAGAGAUUUGCUGGUUUCUGGAAAUCAUCCAGGAAUGUCUGCUAGAAGAUUGGAGAUAAGGCAAGCUGGUGAAGGAAUGCAUAUUCCAGGGUUGGUUGAGGCACAUGUGAACAAUAUGACUGAAGUGUGGGAAGUCCUACAAACUGGUAGCAAUGCAAGGGCUGUAAGCUCAACGAAUGCGAAUGAGCACAGUAGCCGAUCUCACUGCAUUCACUGUGUCAUGGUUAAGGGAGAAAAUUUGUUGAAUGGAGAACACACUAGAAGCAAGUUAUGGCUUGUGGACUUAGCAGGCAGUGAAAGAGUUGCAAAGACAGAAGUGCAAGGUGAUAGAUUGAAGGAGACACAAAAUAUUAAUAGGUCUCUUUCUGCACUUGGUGAUGUCAUUUCAGCUCUUGCAACUAAAAGUUCACACAUCCCAUUCAGGAACUCCAAGCUUACACACUUGCUGCAAGACUCAUUAGGAGGAGAUUCAAAGACACUCAUGUUUGUACAGAUCAGUCCUAAUGAAAAUGAUUUGGGCGAGACCAUUUGCUCUUUGAAUUUUGCUAGUAGAGUAAGGGGAAUAGAAUUGGGCCCUCCAAAAAAGCAGUGGGACACAAUUGAACUUCUGAAACACAAACAGAUGGCUGAGAAAACUAAACAAGAGCUGAAACUGAAGGAUUUUCAAAUCAAGAAGAUGGAGGAAACAAUCCAUGGAUUCGAGUCCAAAAUGAAGGAGAAGGAUCAUAAAAACAAAACUCUUCAAGAUAAGGUGAAGGAGCUGGAAUCACAACUUAUGAUUGAGAGAAAACUAGCGCGUCAACAUGUAGACUCAAAGAUAGCUGAGCAGCAUCAAAUGAAACACCAAGAAGAGCAAAACAAUUCAAUUUUGAGAUCAACAUCACUUACGAAUCGACCAUUAGCAACUCUCAAGAAUUUUAAUGAUCCAGCAAAACCCUUAAUGGAGAACAUCUUAAAACCUUACAGCAUACCCUUUUCUACAAUAGAAAGCUCCAUCAAGUGCAUUGAUCACAGUGAGAAAGAAAACAAUCCCGACUUGGCCGAUAAUAAAUCGCUACUUCCAAAAAGGGCAUCAAGAGCUUCUAUGUGUACAAUGAUGACACCGCGCAUUCCUUCAGCAGCUACUUCAAGGAGAAACUCUCUAAUUCCACUCCCAAGCUUAACACAGUUUCAAACACCAUUCAUUCCCAAGUUAUCAAACCAAGAAAUGAACGAGGAAUCAGAAACCACCAACUGUUCACAACCAUUACAACAAGGUCAUAGUGAGAGUCCAAAAGAAGUUAAAAGUGGUGUUAAGAAGAUAGGUAGCAUACUAAGAAGAAGCAUACAUAAGAAAGGUCAAGUGAGGUCUCCACUACAACACCACAUGAGAAAAGUUGGUGGUGUAAAUGUAGGGAUGGAGAAAGUGAGAGUCUCUAUUGGAAGUAGAGGAAAAUUGGCACAAAGGGUGCAAGUUGGAAAUGGUAGUAGAAGAGGUGGUGGAGCUAAAGAGACUCAACACAAGAAUAGUCACAAGGACAAGGAAAGGGCAUGGAUAUAAAAGAUGAGUUGAUUUAGACUUUAACUUCAUUUUUUUCUGCAAUGUGUGGAUAGAUAAAAUUGAUUUCUUGUGUGUUUUUUCAAGGUUUGAAAAAUGCAUCUCAUUUUUCAUGUGAAAUGGGAGAAUGCAUGGAGCAAGUCAUUUGUAAAUUCUGCAUGUGGGGUGUGUAAAUUUUCUUUAACUUUAAACAGUGAUGCCACAUCUCUAGAGUUGACUGUUUUUUUUUUUUUUUUCUUUCUGACUCAAGAUGACUGAGUAUUCUUUUCAUUUGAAUUCAAAUUCAACUCAAAUCUUGAUUCUGGAA